AUGUACACAUUCACGACGAACCGACGAGCGUACAAUGAUCUCAUCCAUCUAUGUAUCAUAGCUUUCUUUCUUCUCUUGAGUAGAGAGGAGCACACCCCCUAUACCCCAUCAUCACAUGAUUCCUACACACGCAUGCUGAUUCGCUCUCUUGUCUAUCAUCACCGUCCUCCUCGUACUCUACUUGGUCUUAUAAUGGGCCCUUCGUUCUCAUUUGUCACUCCAGCGUUCCCUUCAUUCACCGACAUGCUUUCGUUCCACGCCGGUGUUUUAUCGUACAUGGACUGUUGA